GCACAGCAACGGAGCGAGCCUCCGCGUACGGAGAUGCUUGGCCCCGCUGUCGACCUGCUUCUUCUGCUCCAAUUUUCCCCCUUCUCUAAAGUUCCGUCCGGGACAUUGUCCGUCUUCUGUCUUAAGGCGAUCAGGUGAAGCUUAUAUCCAGACGAGGGAGGAUAUAAAAUUUUGCUUUAGAUCGUAAUCCAGUUUAUUCAUAAUACCUACUAUACGGACUAGUACCGCCUUGAUUGGCGUGUAUUGGCUGCCGAAAUGCAUAUCCGAGAUGUCCUGGCCGACGCUGAGAGGACGGGUAACCCGUCCUUCUCGUUCGAGUACUUCCCUCCGAAGACCGCCCAGGGUGUGCAGAACCUCUACGACCGAAUGGAGCGCAUGUACCACUUCGGCCCCAAGUUCAUCGACAUCACCUGGGGCGCCGGCGGCCGCAUCGCCGAGCUGACGUGCGAGAUGGUCUCCCAGGCUCAGACCUACUUCGGCCUCGAGACUUGCAUGCACCUCACAUGCACCGAUAUGGGAGAAGCCAAAGUCAGCCAAGCUCUGCAAAAGGCAUACAAGGCCGGCUGCACCAACAUCCUUGCCCUCAGAGGAGACCCGCCGCGGGAGAAGGAGAAAUGGGUCGCAACAGAGGGCGGCUUCCAGUAUGCGAGGGAUCUAGUAUCCCACAUCCGCAACUCCUACGGGGACCACUUCGACAUUGGCGUUGCCGGCUAUCCCGAAGGGUGCGAUGACAAUAAGGAUGAAGACGAGCUCCUAGACCACCUCAAGGAGAAGGUCGACAUGGGCGCAACGUUCAUUGUGACCCAGAUGUUCUACGACGUUGACAACUUCCUGCGCUGGGUGGACAAAGUGCGCGCCAGGGGCAUCACCAUCCCCAUUCUGCCCGGGAUUAUGCCAAUCGCCACCUACGCGAGCUUCCUCCGCCGUGCCAACCACAUGCAGUGUAACAUUCCCGAGGAGUGGAUGACCAGGCUUGAGCCGGUCAAGAACGACGAUGUUGCUGUCCGGGAAAUUGGGAAGACGCUUGUGGCGGACAUGUGCCGCAAGAUUCUCGCCGCCGGUAUCCGCCACCUGCACUUCUACACCAUGAACCUGGCCCAGGCGACGCGCAUGGUUCUGGAGGAGCUGGACUGGCUGCCGUCGCCGACGCGGCCCCUCAAGCAACCUCUCCCUUGGAAGCAGUCCCUCGGCCUCGGCCGCCGGGAGGAGGAUGUCCGCCCCAUCUUCUGGCGCAACCGGAACAAGUCCUAUGUCUCCCGGACCCAGGAAUGGGACGAAUUCCCCAACGGCCGCUGGGGCGACUCUAGGUCGCCCGCUUUCGGCGAACUGGACGCCUACGGUAUUGGCCUGCCGGGCACAAACGAACAGAAUCGGAAGAAGUGGGGCGAACCCACGUCGAUCAGGGAUAUCGCAGACUUAUUUGUACGGUAUCUCGAAAAGGAAGUCGAAUCUCUCCCAUGGAGCGAGGCGCCCCUUACCAGUGAGGCCGACUCAAUCAAGGAUGACUUGAUCGACCUGAACAGGCGGGGUCUUCUCACUGUAAAUUCGCAGCCCGCAGUGAACGGCGUGAAAUCAUCUCACCCAGUCCACGGCUGGGGUCCCCCGAACGGCUAUGUAUAUCAGAAGGCAUAUCUGGAACUGCUAGUCCACCCGGAUAUCUUCUCGGAGAUGAUCCGCCGGAUCGAACAGCACCCAGACCUGACGUACUACGCCGUCGGCAAGGCCGGCAACCUCAAGUCCAACGCCCCCUACGAAGCGCCCAAUGCCGUCACCUGGGGCGUCUUCCCGGGCAAGGAAAUUGUCCAGCCAACUAUAGUCGAGAGCAUCAGUUUCCUGGCCUGGAAGGACGAGGCAUUCCAGCUUGGGAUGGACUGGGGCCGGUGCUAUAAUGCCAACACCCCAAGUCGGCUUCUGAUCGAGAACAUGAUGGAGACAUGGUACCUGGUGAACAUCGUGAACAACGAUUUCCACCAACUACGUACCUUGUUCGAAGUCUUCGAGGGUCUUGCGGUCAACAACCUCGACGAAGCCCCCAAGGUCGCGGCUAAGCCAGAGCCAGUCGCGAACGGGAACACGAACGGAGAUGCUGCUUAAACCACGCCAGUAAUCCCUUCCCUCUUUUCAACAUCCGGCAGCCGCCGACAUCUUUUUUCAACAUUAAAGUAAUUUGACCAACAAGCGAAACACACACAAACACGA